AGGAGAAACCGGGGAGAGAUGUGUGGUGGGAGACCCAAGCAUUCCCUUCCCACUCUGGGCAAGACCCACCACCUCUGCCUUCAGAGCCCUUCAGAGUCUUCUUCCGGGCCUCCCUUGCUUGCCCAUUUGGGCUUUUCUUGGAGAGCUUUUUGCCAUCACCACCCCACCCUCUCUUUCUCUCUCUUUCCCCCUCCCCAAAAAACUUUGGUUUCCUCUCCUCUGCCUUAUGCGUGGAAACCGGGCCGGGUGCCAGGUGGACUGGGAAGAACAGACACCCCCUUUCAUCUCCUCUUGGGCCUUUUUUUUCCUUUCCCGCUUCCUCCCACCCUCCGCCCCCAACACCCAUCCUUCCCGGCAGCAGCAGCCACAGCAGCAGCAAGAGGGGCUCAGAGGAGGCAGGAUGGGGGAGCACGGAGACCCGGCCGGGGGGCUGCAAGGCUUCGCCCUGGACAAGGAAUUCCUGAGUUCCCCCAAGGGCAUCCUCAUGGAGGCCGAGCUGGGUCUCUGCUUUUUGGUGUUCAUACUCCUGACAGCGUCCAUCUCGGCCUACAUGGGGGCUGCUCUUCUGGAAGUGUUGGUGACAUUGGCAUUCCUGGCACUGCGAGCGACACACUACUACGAGAGGCUGACCAGGGUCAACUGGCCUUGCUUGGAUUUUCUUCGCUGUGUCAGUGCGGCCAUCGUCUUCACCGUUGUGGCCUUUGCUGUCAUUGCUGCCAGUCAUGAGGGAUCUGCAGUCUCAGCCUUUGUCUUCAGCCUUAUCCUCAUUGCUGUCUUCUGCUUUGAUGCCUACAAAACCUACAAGGCAGAGAUGGGAUCAGAACAAGACCCAGAUCUUGGCUGAGCGAACAGGCACACAUUCCUUCUUGGUGAAUACUACAUAUACGGCGGUUGUUGCUGCUGCCCCGGACAAGUUUUCCCUAUUUCCACAACCUCUGCUGACUUGAUUGAGAUCUGAUGAUGACGUUCCUGUAUCUUCUUUCCAAGUCCCGCAAUAACCCUUCUCUUCGCCUAGUGUUUUUAGUUCCCAACCCAUCUAUCUGGGAGCAAAGCACAACACCGAACAGGGAUUUCGCAGACACGCACACCAAAGUGGAAUAUUUGGAGGAUACUGACCCUGGUUUGUGCUGCUGGAUGGCUUUAUGUAUUUAACUGGCCAGGUUAAAACAUGAUUAAAGGUGAUUUUAAGAUUG